GUAGUGUUUCCGCCGGAGCUCUGUACCGCGCAUGCGCCACCUUUUGUUUUGCCGACCCGGAGCUGCUUGGACUUGUUAGCAGCACUGCGGCUGACGAUAGCCUGUGUUUCUCUUAUCCAAAAAAAGUGAAAAGGAAGGAGCAUACAGGUAUUGAGCUCCUCAAAGGACCACAGAGGACCGAGAAGGGGAGACAUAAGCCUAUUUAUUACACAAUGACCAGAUGAUGAAGCGAACAGAUUGAUUGGCUAGUUUGCAAGAAGGAAGGAAAAAUCACCAAUACACAAAGGAGACAGAUUUGAGCUCCUCUACUCCCAGAAUGCAUACAUACAAAAGGACCUCUAGUCCUCGGUCUCCAACUAAUACCGGGGAGCUCUACACCCCAGCACAUGAAGAAAACGUGCGCUUUAUCCAUGACACAUGGCUGUGUGUUCUAAGAGAUGUUAAAUCACCGCAUAACAGUGAACGAGGACCACAAGAAUAUGUGGAGAAAAACCCAAACCCAAACUUGCUUUCUUUCACCCCGGUGGACCUGAGUGAACUCAGGAGGCCAAGCACACAGGACUGCAAGAAGUCUUAGUGAAUUUCCUCUCUCCUCUUGGUCCAGCAGCUUUUUUUUUCUCCCCACUCAUUCUCUUUGGGACCUUUUUUUAUGCCAGCAACCUUCUGUCGGCCAGAUUAGUCCAGAAAGCCUUUUCCUUCGCUGCCUCAAUGAACUCUGGUCUGGACAAAAUGGCUGAUGUAUGUUCGAGACCCAUCAUAUCCCUGAUUCUCAUCCUGAAUCUGUGCAAUUCUUAUUAACAGAUUUCAAAUUUCAGGGAAUUUGUCAUCACUUUGUUUUUCUUUUCGUUUUGUAUUCUGGAUUCUGUUUCACAUGCAUUGUUUGUUAUAAAGAUUAUAACCCGACAGAAGGAGAUGGCAGGAAGAAUUUGGCAUGUGGGGACUGAGGGAAGGACUUGCACUCUGAAAAACAUGACGUGCUGCAGCCUUAAGCAUAGGCUCAACUUUCAAAACAUGGCACUUUCCGCCGAUAGGCUGGUUUUUUGUUUUCUUUUUUAAGUUAGUUUGAUAGAAUAAAAUAUUGGAAUAGUAAAGGCAGGCCAAAUAUUUUUUAACAGAGAUACCACAUUCUUCUUUUUUUUUAAAAGAAAAUAAAUACUCUCAAAAGAGUGACAUUACAUUUUUGUGUCUUUUAAGCCUUGAAAUUGAAAUAAAAUUGUCUUUUAUGGUAUCUCAACCUA